UUUCCCCUCCUGUACUUUCCCUUUUCUCCUUUCUGGUUUAAUACUUUUUUAUUUGCUUGCUAAGACAUGUAACAAUGAACUCAGAUGAGAAAGAAAUAAUGAGAUUGUUUUGUUUCACUUCAAAGAAUAGAAGAGUAAAUAUAUAGAGACUUGGAGGAAAUAAGGGAAAGGAUGUGGCUUACUGCUAACUUAGGCUUUUUUAUGAUGUCCUUUGACCUUGUUCUGAUGCUGUUAUUGGUACAUGAGACGUUGCGGAAGAUUGAAUAAGAUAACAUUGGAAAGGUCUCGGUAGAUGAUGGGAUUUGGCCGCAUUAAUAUUUCCAAAAAUUAACAACAAUUGCUUCUAAAUCUCCAUUGAUUGAAGUUCUGGAUGGGGGCAGCGAGAAGAACACAGAACGUAAUACCAAACAAUAAUGCACCUUCCUCUCCAUCCCAUGCAACCAGCCUUGCAUCCACUAGAAAUUUGAGCAAGAUUCACCUUGGCGGUGUCAUUUUUGGUUGCACUAACAGUACCAAAAAAGAAUGUCUUUUCAAACAACUCUUUGGCUUACCAGUUCAUCACUUUUCAUAUGUAAAGAAUAUUGAUCCAGGACUGCCGCUGUUUUUAUUCAACUACAGUGAUAGGAAACUUCAUGGCAUCUUUGAGGCUGCUAGCUCUGGUCAAAUGAAUAUUAAUUCAUAUGCCUGGGCUGCAGAUGGUUCAGAAAGAACUCAAUACCCUGCUCAGGUUCAAAUCCGCAUGCGGCUACAGUGCCACCCACUUUCUGAAGACCAGUUUAAACCAGUAAUUGUAGACAACUACUUCAAGCAUAGCCAUUUCUGGUUUGAGUUAGACCAUGCUCAAACAAAUAGGUUGUUGUGCUUACUAUCAGCCUCAGCAGUUGCUCCGAGUACCUCUGCACCACAGAAUACAACGAAGUGGAGGACUCUAUUUCAAGCCCCACAAUCACCUGAUCGGAGAAAUGAAAGUGAAAGCUUUAGGCUUCCAUCUGAAGAGGUUUCUGGUUAUUCCUAUAAUUCAAAUGGGAGUUUGGGUUCUUCAGAUGGCAACAACCAGCCAUUGGAAGUUUGCUUAGAGAAGCAGGUGGUUGAGAAAGAUGAGAAGGACCUUAUAUACAUGAAACUAAAAGAACUGGCUCUUAAUCGUGAAAGCUCUAAUUCAUCUUUAAGUAUGACUGGUAGUUUGGAAGAUACUGUUGCUGUAAAUGACAUGCACUUGGAUCUUGAGGCACAGAAAAUUUCACAAGAGAAGAAUGAAGAAAGUCUUGUCAACUCAUUUGAUUAUCCUUCCAUCAUAUCUCAGUUGAUUCAAGAAAUGAAAGAAUUGAAGGCUUUUAAAACAGAACAAGUUCAAAAGAUGGCUUAUUUAGAGCAGAAGCUGGAUUACUCAGAAAUACAAAUUCGACAGCUAAAAGAUCGAUGUAUGAUGUUGGAAUCUACAUCAAAUCCUUCCAUAGAAUUUGUUAAUGAGACGGUGAUGGAGUCUUUUAAUGAGCUUAAUCUGGAUCUUGAUGAAUGGAUAUUUCUUGUGGGGGGAUAUGAUGGUGUAUCAUGGUUAUCAGCACUGAAUUCCUUCUCACCAUCACAUGAUGUGAUAAAAUCUUUUAAGUCAAUGAAUUCGCUUCGUUGUUAUGCCUCAGUUGCAAAGCUGAAUGGUGAGCUUUAUGUAUUUGGUGGUGGAAAUGGAUCUUCGUGGUAUGACACAGUCGAAUCAUAUAACCCAGCUAAUAAUCAGUGGUCUUGCCGACCUUCGUUAAAAGACAAAAAGGGAAGCUUAGCUGGUGCUACUCUAAAUAACAAAAUUUUUGCACUUGGUGGUGGAAAUGGGAUUGAAUGCUUUUCAGAUGUUGAAAUGUUUGAUAUAGAUGUUGGGCGUUGGAUCUCUACACAGUCAAUGCUACAAAAGCGAUUCGCUCUUGCUGCAGCGGAGCUCAAUGGCGCACUGUAUGCUGUUGGUGGAUAUGAUGGAAAGGAUUACUUGACGUCUGCUGAAAGAUUUGACCCCAGAGAACAUUCCUGGACCAGAAUUGAGAGUAUGAACACCAAGAGGGGCUGUCACUCAUUGGCUGUUUUGAAUGAAAAACUAUACGUUAUUGGUGGUUAUGAUGGAAUGGAAAUGAUUCCAAGCAUUGAAAUAUACGAUCCUCGUCUAGGGUCAUGGAUGAAUGGGGAGCCAAUGAACCUAUCCAGGGGGUAUUCUGCUGCCACUGCUUUUAAGGAAUCUAUUUAUGUAAUUGGAGGGGUUAAAGCUGGCGAGAACAUUGUAGACAUAGUUGAACGUUACGAGGAGGGCAAGGGUUGGCAAGUAACCAACCUAAAGGCCAUUGGGAGAAGGAGCUUCUCCUCGGCUAUUGUUUUAUGAUGGAAAGGGAAGCGCCAUAAUGAGAAGUUGCCUCAUCUUCAUAGAUGCAGUGACACUAAUCCCUACCUGGAUCUAAAAAUCUCCAUUGGAGGACUCAACUCUAAUCUUUCAGGAGGUUGUAAUUUGGGAUGCUUCCAUGGAUCUUUUUCACAACUCUUGAACAAACAACUUUCUUGGCAUUACUCAUCUGCAAAACAUACUAUAGAUUUCUACACAAUUACACUCGAGAUCAUCUGAAUCUGAAUCUUUGCACAUGAAUAAACCAUUUUGUGAAGUAAAAACACACCUGAUUUGAUAGUGUAAUUUGUUUUUCUCUUC